GUUUCGUGGGUUUGAUGGUGGGUUUCGAAAGUCUGAGUUCGUGGGUUAUGUUGGUUUGAGUUUCGUUGGUUACGGUGGUUUGAGUUUCGUGAGUUCGUGGGUUACGGUGAUUUGGGUUUCGUGGGUUUGGUGGUGGGUUUCGAUUCCAGAUCUGGGGUCGUGGGUUUUGUGGUGGGUUCCGUUGUGGGUGCCGUCGUGGGUUUCGUAGUGGGUUGCGUAAGUGGUGGUUCUGCGUCCAUGAGUGGUGGUUGUUCUCCAAUGUUUAACUGUUUUAUUUUUUUAUUUUUUUUGGAUUAAUUAUCCCUUCUCUCUCCUCUUAAUUUUCAAUAAUCUUGUUUAAGAUAUUUUGCCUAAGAGUCCGCAAAAAGGACGUUUGGUGCAGAUAAUUGUGGGCGGAGAGAACAUAUAUUAACCCAUUAUGUAUAAAGUUGAGAUCCUAUAUAUUUUAUUGAUGUUUAUUAUUUUUUUUUAAAAAAAUUACAAUACAAUAAACCGCCGUGCGAUGCACGGAUUAAAGAAUAGUUGAAUUUAAAUACUAUCCUUAAAUUUACCACCAAAAUAUCUUUCCUCUUUAGAAUUUUUUAAUUAUUCAAAACAUCCUUUCCUUCCCAUUCCAUUUCUCCAAGUUUCGGUGCAUUCACUGAACCCAACCAACACAGACACAAAAAAAAAAUCAACAAAACUUCUUCAUCACUCAUUUUUUUCUGGUUUCCAGAAUCUCUCUGUAACUCCACCAUUUUAUUUUCUCUCUCCUAGGGUUUUGCAUAAAUUGUUUAAUCAAACAUGAAAAUUCAAUGUAAUGUCUGUGAGACGGCGGAGGCCACGGUGCUUUGCUGCGCCGAUGAAGCCGCUUUGUGCCGUGAUUGUGAUGAGAAGGUUCAUGCUGCUAAUAAGCUUGCUAGCAAGCAUCAGCGUGUUUCUUUGUCUAACUCUUCCUCUCACAUGCCUAAUUGCGAUAUUUGCCAGGAAACAGUUGGCUACUUCUUUUGCCUUGAAGACCGAGCUUUACUUUGCAGGAAGUGUGAUAUUUCCAUCCACACUGCAAAUGCCUUUGUCUCAACCCAUCAAAGAUUUCUGUUAACUGGAGUAAAAGUGGGACUUGAGCCCACAGAACCUGGUUCUUCUUCUUCUGUAGGGAAAAGUCAUUCUGGAGAGAAAGUCUCAGAUGGUGAAAAUCGUGCUACACUAAAGAGGAGUGCUCCUGCAUCAACCACUAAUGAAUUUGCCAAAGCUGACCCUGUUCAAAGAGGAAUUGAGGCAGUUAUGCCUUUCAAGAGGAGCAUGACAAAGCUGGUGGCCAGUGAAUUUCCCAAAAUUCAACCUGUCCAAAGUGGUGCUCUUGAGGACAUAACUCAAUCUAGAAUGACUGUUGCCGGUGGUUCUGCUGCAGGAACCCUUCCUCAGUGGCCCAUGGAUGAAUUUCUUGGACUGAAUGACUUCCAAUUAAAUUAUAGUUUCCCCGACAAUGGAUCAUCAAAGGCUGAUAGUGGCAAGCUCGGAGAGUCCGACUCUUCAAUCCUAAGGUCCAUAGAAGAUGAUUUGGAUAGCGAUGAUCGGUUGGGCCAGGUUCCAGAUGUUUCUUGGACAGUGCCCCAGGUGCCAUCACCACCCACCGCAUCAGGACUGUAUUGGCCCAAAACGUCUCAGCACAUGGUUGACAAUGCUGUGUUUGUGCCCGAUAUAUGCUGGCCACAGGGGCCAAAUUACUUCCAGUAAACGCCGUGAAGGUAAAAAUGCAGUGCUAGCCAACCUAUUUAGGUUUAUACUAUUUAAAUCUAGCAGGUCGACCUAGUGGUUUAGGUAUCAACAUAGUUUAGUGUAAUAUUCUCGUGGUGUACUCAAAUGUACUAGGGAUUUGUUAAUAUUUCAAAAAUGUCUGACAAUGGUUGGGACUUCACAAUAUAAUGUAUCUUUAUAACUUAUUCAUAAGGGGGAAAAAAUACAAUAGAAUCUGUAUUUGAAGUGGAAGAAGCAAAUAGGCCACAAGACUGGAAAGACCUGUUAAUAUUGUGAGAACAAUUUUAUUUUUUUGCUUUAA